AUGACUCUUCAAACAUCCAUCACCGCUGUUGCAGUCCAAGUAUCCAGAAUACCAGCAACAUGUUUCCAAGGCGAUACUCCCAAUUUCGCCGUAUUAUUAUCUACCGGAGAAAUCCAAGUCUACACAUACAAGAACGGCAUAGCACAGAUGCCUGUUCUGAGGCUGCGUAACUCACGGGAGAACUCCAGGACAACUUGUCUUGCUUGGAAAGGCGAUUGCAUCAUAACUGCUGACACAGACGGCGUAAUUAUGUUUUACGACUUUGCUUUCGGUACAUCGAAGCAAACAUACUCUCCUUUCAUCGACAUAGACAGGAUAGAGUUCGAGAGAUCAUCCAGCGGAUUGUACGUACACGCGAGAGACGGAAAAUUUGGUUUUUCACUUGAAAAAGUGGAAAGUUGUCCUUUUUCUGUUUCCUCAUUCGCUGUAACAGGAAAUGGACUCGUCCUCGUCUCCCCGCUCAAUGACGAAGCCGUGAAAUUCGUUAUUGCAAGAGACUGGAGAUCUGUAAAAAGAAUCACUUCACCUGCCCUCUUAAAACCGCUAAAAACCGCCCAGCAACGGUUAGAGCUUAUGGGUGAGCAAUUAUUAACGAAUCCUACUACAGGAACAUGGUCAGAAGCACUUCAAAUAGCUGAGAUAGCUAAUGACCAUGGAUUUCCAACUGAUUCCAUUAUUUGGAAGUGUGUUUCACGUAGUUUGGGAGGUCCGAGGUUGCAAGCACGACAUUCCAUGUUUGGAGGGAAAGAAGAAGUUGUUUCCGCGUUGAGGAUUCAAUCUUCUCUGUUUUCUCCUGCAGAUACUCCGAUUUCUGCCAUUUUCAACUUGUUGUUCAAGUUCAGAAUGGGUGAUAGAAGAGGAGCUGUCGAAGUUUUCAAGAGUCUCUCCAACAAAAGCGAGUUCACAAUAGUGGCAAGCAUUUGUUCGGCGUUGCUUCUCGGUUACGAAGAUAAAAUUUUGCCACAAAACGUGACAGAAUUUUUGAUAACAACCGCUGUUCCACUUUUUGCACAGCACAGAUUUAUAGAAGGCUGUAUAUUGAUGCAUUUAGCUGGCGCUAAUCUUUCUGCCGCAAGAUAUCUUCAGGACAACGGAAGAUGGGAAGAUUCUGUCGAAGUCUGCAAAUUGGAAGAGUUUUCGAAUGAGUCGAAGAGUUUGUUGA